AAGAAGACAAUUACCUAUUUUUAGAAAAGUAAAACAGCAACUCUUUUUUGGAAAAAUUGUGAUUUUUGAUCAUGGCAUCUGUUAAAUGUUUUGUGCUUUUCUUUACCCUUCUACUUGUUGCUCACUCUUUUGCUCGUCCAGGUCGUCUCAUAAAAGUUAUAACUGAAGAGUGUACCUCAAGACUAUGUUGCAGUGGAUGCGAAACGGAAAGUGAAGGUGGAAACACUGGAGGAAAUGGAAGCAAUGGAGGAAGUGGAAACAAUGUGGGAAAUGGAAACAACAUAAACUAUAUAAACAAAGGAGGAAGUAGUAACAAUGUUGACAAUGGAAAUGUUGGAGGAAAUAAAAACCAAUAUGGAGGACAUAUUGUUUCGAAUAUCCAAGGAGGAAGAGGAAAUAGACUCAUAAUAACAAAUGGAAAAAAUGGAAUAUAUGGAAGUGGAUGCAAUAAUAAUUGUUAAAGUCGAUCAUUUUGGGAACGCAAUAUAAAUUCAUAAUAUUACCCUAACUAAUGUUUCUCAAAUUUUCAUAUUUUCAAAUAUUACAAUCAAAUUUAUCAAACUUAUAAUAAUGUAAAUAAUUAUCAAACAAGAAGUAAAUAAAAUCUGUUAGUAAUUAAAAGAAA